GAUUCCGGACGCACAGUAAAAAUGUUUUUCUUAAUCCUGGUCGUGGCUGGGAGCGUGCUGUUGCACUGGCUCUACAGGCUCAACAAGGACUACUAUGUCAUGGCCUUCUUUACCAAGAGGCUGUGGACAAAGGAUGGCCGUCCUGUAGAGAGCAUUUCUCCCGUUGCCCCGGGAAAAACUAUCUUUGGCAAUACCCUGGACUUGUACGGUUCUGAUCAUGCCGGUGUCUUCAAUCACUCUCGGAAUCGUGCCAGGGAAAUGAAGGAAAGCUACGUUGAAUAUGGCAUGGGUACGCCUAUUUAUAACGUAAUUGAUGCGGAAGUUGCAGAAAAUAUAAUGAAUCAUCCGAACCUUAUCACCAAGGGAUUAGUCUACAACUUUCUGCAACCUUUCCUAAGGACAGGCUUGUUGACUUCCACAGGCAAGAAAUGACAUGCCCGUAGGAAGAUGCUUACCCCCACGUUCCAUUUUAAUAUAUUGAAUCAGUUCCAAGAAAUCUUCAAAACGGAGAGUCAAAAGUUCCUGGAGCAAUUUAAAGGCAAAGAUGAGGCUACUAUUAUUCUGAAUGAUAUCAUUCCCAGAUUUACGCUGAACAGCAUUUGCGAGACGGCCAUGGGUGUUAAACUUGAUGAAAUGGCCGAGAAAGGUGAUCGUUACCGGGAGAAUUUCAGCCAAAUAGAAGAAUCCUUUAUUAGACGUUUGAGUAACCCCUUCUUCUGGGGAGACAGACUCUUCAACUUGCUAGCUGCGAAGGAAUAUGUCACAGCCUUGGAUGUGGUUCAUGGCUUCUCCAGCGAGAUCAUUGCCAAGCGAAGGGUCUUACUUAAGGAUGAACUGGAAAGACAACAAACUACGCAGUCGAAUGAUGAUGAUGUGUAAGUUGGACUAAAUAACUUGGGAGCUAGUUCCUUUAUUUAAUAUUUUACCUACUUUAGAUUUACCACCAAGAAGCGCUUUGCCAUGCUGGACACCUUGAUACAUGCUGAAAAGGAUGGUCUCAUCGAUCACAUUGGCAUUUGCGAGGAGGUGGACACUCUCAUGUUCGAGGGAUACGAUACCACCUCGAUUGGUCUCAUCUUUGGACUGAUGAACAUGGGUCUUUACACCGACAAGCAGGAGGAAUGUUACCAGGAGAUCCAGGAGCACAUAGCAGAUGACUUGAGCAACUUGGAUAUUGGUCAGCUGAACAAAUUAAAACACCUAGAUUACUUUAUGAAGGAGACCGUUCGCCUGUUUCCCUCCGUUCCCAUCAUGGGUCGUGAAGCUGUCCAGGAUACAGAGCUGGCCAAUGGUCUGGUUCUGCCCAAGGGCUCACAGAUCACCUUGCAUGUCUUUGAUAUCCAUCGUAAUACCAAAUACUGGGAUUCCCCCAACGAAUUCCGGCCAGAGCGUUUCCUGCCUGAGAAUAGCCAGAAUCGUCACACCUACGCCUAUAUACCAUUCAGUGCUGGUCAAAGGAAUUGCAUUGGCCAAAAGUAUGCCAUGCAGGAGAUGAAGACCCUGCUGGUGGUCAUCCUCAAGCAGUUCAAGAUCCUGCCAGUCACAGAUCCAAAGAGCAUUGUCUUCACAACAGGCAUUACUCUUCGUACCAAGAAUAAAAUUCAAGUGAAGCUUGUGAGAAGGAAGUGAAAUUAACUUUGUUUUUACUAUUAAGAUAA